CGCCUGACCCCGCCCAUGUCAUGUUUAUUGAGCGGCGCUCGGCAGGCCUGUGCGCUGCUCCAGUCUCAUCAGUCGGGACAUGGCGUCUGAGCGCGGACGCGGGAUGCUGUUUCAUCUCUCCGUGGGAAUUCGCCAGCCGCUCGCUGUGACGCCGCUCGUUUUCUGGACCUCUUAACCGGAUUCCCACAUGACGAUGGAGGACGAGGACGGCAGCGCGGCGCUCUCCGCCCGCAACAUCCAGCGGAAGGCGGGGGGUGUCGGAGGGAACGGGGUUUGCAUCGACAGGCAGCCGGACACGGUGGUCCACCAGGCGGGGCUCAACCACACCGCAGGUCGCGGCAGCCGCAGCGGUCCCGGGGCUCAUUCCGCGACCGGGAUCCGAGUGCUAAAGCAGCGUAACAUGAAGCGGAACGGGAGCCGGAGCUGUGUGACCAGAAAAAGUCGGUUCGGGUCACGGGAGAGGGACUGGUUGAAGGGGGACACCCAGCGGGGCUGCGUGUGUCUUUACAGGGGCACUGCGGAGCCCCCACCACCUUCAUCUGGCCCACAGGCUUCUUCCAACCCCCAGACGGACCUGCAGUUGGUGCUCUGCUCCACCAGUACCACCGUGGAGGAGCUGUGCGCUCAGAGGGAUGGACAGGAGCUCUACAUUCAGCUCCACGGAGAUCUUGUCAGGAGAAUGGACUCUUCUGAACGACCACUCCAGAUGGUUUAUGACUACUUGACAUCGAUGGGGUACGCUGACCUGACGCGGGUGCAGCACGAAGCCGCUAACUCAGACCUCAGCUGUUUGAUCCGUUUCUACAGUGAACGUCCAGUGAAUGCAGACCAGCAGGAGCGAACCUUGUUGAAGGGCGUGUUCAGCGUCAGGAAAGGGAAAACACAGCUGCAUAAGUGGGCAGAGCGGCAGGUUAUCCUCUGUGGCACCUGUUUGAUCGUGGCGUCUGUGAAAGACAGUCUGACUGGGAAGAUGCACAUCCUGCCUCUGGUGGGAGGAAAGGUUGAGGAGGUGAAGCGGAGGCAGCACUGUCUGAUGUUCAGCUCAGCCGGCUCACAGGCCCAGACUUACUUUGUCAACUUCGACUCGCUUACAGAGUACCAGCGAUGGCAUCGGCAGGCAUCAAAAGUAGUGUCUCAGACAGUAAGUGUGGUGGACCUGUCUUGCUACAGCCUGGAAACAGUGCCUGAAUACCUGUUUUACUGUCAAGACAUCACCCACCUUAACCUGCGGCACAACUUCAUGAACCUGCAGGGGCCUGGAGGCCUUCUCAACCUCCCCAGGUUUUCCCAGCUGAAAAGCCUAAACUUGUCUCAUAACCGUCUGGGUGUUUUCCCUGAUUGUGUGUGCGAAAUCCUCACCUUAACUGAACUCAACCUGUCCUGUAACAAAAUCCACGCCAUCCCGGAGCAGAUCAGCAACCUUCAGAGCCUGCAGACAUUAUCUUUGGAUGGAAACCAUCUCGACUCUUUGCCUGAAGAACUGGGUGACCUGUCUCAACUCAACAGCCUGGGGCUCUCCUUCAAUGAUUUCUCUCACAUUCCAGCUGUGCUUGAGAGAUUAAGUACAGUGGACAAGCUGGCUAUGGCCGGGAACAGAGUGGAGAGUCUGGAUUUAUGUACACUGAUUAGAAUGAGCCAUCUAAGAAACGUCGACCUCCGGUUGAACAGUCUUAGGUGGGUUAAAAGCGAAGCUCUUACGGGGAUGAGUCAGGUGACCCAGUUGGACCUACGGGAUAACCUCCUGGACUCAGCAGACCUGAGCUCCAUGUGCAACCUGGAAACUCUGCACUGCCAAAGGAACCAGCUGGGAACGCUCACGCUCAGCGGCUUCACACUGCGCACGCUUCACGCCAGCAGCAACCGCCUUACAACAGUCAACCUUUAUCCAGUCCCUAAUCAGCUGACACACAUGGACCUCUCACAGAACCUCUUGGAGUAUCUUCCAGACUGGAUAUGUGACUGCAGAAAAAUUGAGGUGCUGGAUAUAACUCACAAUCUGCUGUCUGAACUUCCUUCCAGAUUGUUUAACAGCUUGAGCUUGAGGAGGCUGCUAACAGGCAACAAUCGUUUGCAGAGACUGCCUGACCUACUUGACCAUGUUCCUUUGGAAGUGCUAGACCUCCAGCAUAACAAGCUAAAAGAGCUUCCUGAGAGUCUUUUCUGCAAGGCCUUAAAUCUAAAAUAUCUAAAUGCAUCAGCCAAUGCUCUGGAAAGUAUUCCUCCUAGCAGCCAAUCAGAGGAGAGCCUCAGCACACUCCAGGAACUCUACCUGUCAGGUAACAACCUGAAUGAGAACUGCGCUGCCCUGCUGGUUGGACACCGUAACCUGCAUGUCCUUCAUAUGGCCUACAACCAACUUCUCUCAUUUCCUGCCAGUAAGCUGAGUAAGCUGGAACUGUUGGAGGAGCUAAAUCUAAGUGGCAACAAACUAAAGAGUGUCCCCUCCACCGUGUCUAGUUGUAAGAGACUGCACACCCUCAUAGCACACUCGAAUCAUUUAACUGUCUUCCCAGAGAUCCUCAGUCUUCCUGAGAUCAAGCUUGUAGAUCUAAGCUGCAACGAGCUGACUGAGAUCCAGCUCCCGGAAUCCCUGCCUCCAACUCUGCAAGAGCUGGAUCUGACGGGCAACAGCAACCUCAUUUUAGAGCACAAAACCCUCAACCUCUUCAGUCACAUCACCACCUUGAAAUUAGACCAGAAAUCUACUGCAACACUCGGAGAUUCGCUCAGCUCCUCCUGUCCGUGGAACCACGGUUACUCUGAAAUGACCGGUCAAAGGAACAAGUUAUGCGUGUCUGUAUUGGCUGUCGACCGCUUUGGAGACGGCGUGGAAGCAUGCUAUGGCAUCUUCGACGGUGAUCGCAAUGAAGAAGUGCCUCGGCUGUUGCAGUGCACUAUGGGAGAUGUGCUGUGUGAGGAACUGCAGCACUCUAGCCUUGACAGUGUGUACAUGUGUAACACCUUCCUCACCUCACACAGGAAACUUGGUAUGGCUGGGCAGAAACUUGGUGCUUCUGCACUGCUGUGCUACAUUCAUCAUGAGGCGACUGACUCUGGAGGCUACCUUAGCCUUACUGUGGCCAACGUGGGAACCUGCCAGGCUAUUCUGUGCCGGAAUGGGCAACCUGUUCAGCUGUCAAAGGUCUACAGUUUAGAAAGCUGCCAUGAAGAGAUGGAGAGGGUUAAACUCAAUAAGGCGAUAAUAACAGAGGACAACAAAGUGAGUGGAGUCACAUGCUGCUCUCGUCUGUUGGGCUGCUCUUACCUGUCUCCGUGGGUGCUUCCGAAACCGUGGGUGCACACCGAGUCCCUCUGUCCGCAGGAUGAGUUUUUGAUCCUGGGGAAUCGAGCCUUGUUUGAGCGAGUGUCCUACCAGGAAGCCGUGUGCACUGUGCAGGCCGUGCGAGAUCCACACGCCGCUGCCAAAAAGCUGUGCUCACUCGCCCAGAGUUAUGGUUGCAAGGACAACAUUGGAGCUUUGGUGGUGUCCCUACAGAUAGGGGACGAUAGCUGCACUUGUGAGGCUCCGGCGUCAACCACCGAACCACGAAUCACACCCCUUGCCCCUGCCAUCUCUUCUGUGACCCCAACCCCCAGUGAUCAAGCCAGCCUCUCCUCCAGCAGUGGUGUUGUCACUGAGUUUAGCAGUGAAACAUCCGCCUCAGAGGUGGGCAGUGAGGCGGGAUCCACCGCCUCAGAUGAAAACCCUUCCUCCGCCCCAGGAACCCGUCCAGAAAGGCGCUGCAGCCUGCACCCCGCUUCUGCACUGUGUGGCCUCAUGGUACCCGGCUCAGCUGGGACAGGAACCCAUCCAGGAAUAUUCCAGCGCCAACCGACUUCUACCAUGUUUUCAAGUAAGCAGUCUGACAACGGCUUGGACAGCGAUGAUGAAGGUCCACUCGAGGGCGUAAUGUCCAACGGUAGCAAGCUAGAAGUCGAGGUCGAUAUUCACUGCUGUGCUUUCCAACUUCGGUCAGGAGCCCCUGAGAGUCCCAAGAACUCUGCCCUUAGAAAACAAUGCUCUGACUAUCACAAUGGCAAAAUGCCCCAAAAAACCAACGUAGUGGUUUCUGCUACAAACGGCUGCUUGUUAGCUGUAUGUGGACGAGAAAUCACAGAACUUAAGAAGUCUCCUUCCACCUCCAGCCUGUUUGGGAAAAAGCUGUCCAAUGGUUCUGUGGUGGCCCCAGAGGACAGCCACAACCUCAUCGAGGUGGCUCUGGAGGUGCCUAAGAAAAAGUCUGGCUACUUUACGGCCCCCGCACAGCAGGACCCGGAGGACCAGCUGAUUGUACCUCCUAGUCUGGAGCAGGAAGUCAGAGAGCAGCUAAGAGGCCAGAGCGCUCAAGCAUCGGGUCUCUCCGCACCAUCAACACCCACCUCCUUAAAAGAUCCUGUAUGGGAUCAUCCACACCCACCAACACUUGCCUCCAGCCUGGUCCCAGGCCCAGCUCCCAUCCUGCAACAGGAGGUCUACGAUACUGCCCUCUAGAGCAGAUUCAUUGACUCACACAUGUAUUUUUCUCACAUGUGAAAUGUUUCAAAUUAAGUUGCCAUACAGUUAUUUUGUGAUUGAUAAUCACCUAAUGACACUGUGCCAUUAAUGAGAAACAAAAACCUGGUAUUCCAGAGGAUUGGGAUGACACAAGGAGUACAGUCGGUGUGUGAUAGUUGACAUCUGGGAGUCGCACAGAAACUUAAAAUGGAAUACCUCGUGUGGUUGAACAUGUCAACAGCAUUCCCCUUUACAUGGAAGAUAGAACAAACUGAAGGCUGCUUAAGAAGUGUGGAUCAAAUUGCUUCUCCGGGGAGGGGGCUCUGUGGUCUCUCAGGUCCUGGAGAGAAGCACCAUGACUGAAACUUGAAAAAGUGCCUACUACAGAUGAUGCAGCCAAGUGCUCCGUAAUGAAGACUGCGCUUUGGGAUAAGAGUUUGUUAUUGCGUUUGAAGGAGGAACAGCGUCUCUAAGAGACCAGCUCUGGCACAGAUUCUACUAAUGUCCUUUGAAGAGAAAGAAACAAUAAAUGUGUCACAGACCUUAAAGAUGUGAAACUGCAUUUACAUUGCUACACAUUUUAUAGUUUAAUUUUGUAAUUCCCACACAAUAUGUAUGAAAUCUAUUAUACAGAAUACAUUUGCACUUUGCAAGGCAGUAUAAGCUCCCAACUAAUUGAUCCACUUACAUUAAUAUUAAAUAUUAUUGCUUAAUUAGAGCAAUGAAAUGAAGUCUAUUUUGACUGACAAAGCUGAUAUACAGUAGAACUCAAAAAAUACCCAAUAAGAAUAACCAGUGACUGCAUGACCAAAACAAUCCCUUAAAAUCUGCUUUCUUAGAAAAAAGAAUUUCUGAGUUGUUUUUUCAUUAGAGAAUAGAAAUCUGAAGGCUCUACAGUUGCCACUCUGUCAGUAAUUCGAACAAAUCAGGUAAGAGAUGGUGUAAUGUCAAAAGAAAAGUCCUGAAGUCGUUCUGCAACAUAUUUUUGUGAACUAUUAAGAAAUAUUGAGAUUUGCACAUUUUAUGACACUUUAGAGGCUGCUAACCUUUGUAAUUUGUUAUCAUGAGUUUGUGUUACAUGUUUUGUUGUAUCUGGGGUACAUGUCCAAUACAAUCAUUUAAAAUGAUCUCUUCUUUUUCUAAACUGCACUUUUUUUUUAAUCCACUUGUUUUCUUAUUGCCUGUAGGUGGCAGAGAUUUGGGAUAUUUUCGGACAUGUUUGAGUGUGUGUACUCCAAAAAAACCAUGACUUUAACAAAAAAUUUAGAGUGAAACACGGACAAAACCACUUGGAUGAGUGGUGAAAUGUGUCAAAGGAAGAAGAUUUUAAGUCCAGGGGCCAUAACUCAACUUUGAGACCCUUUGAAAAAUGGUUUAAAUCAAACAGUCUUGCAAAUAAAGUCCCAUUAGUUGUCACCUAGGUGUGUGAAAUUUGUUCUCCGCAUUUGACCCAUCCUCUGGGGGAUGGGUGAGCUGCAGACACAGCUGCACUCGGGAACCAUGUGGUGGUUUAACCCCUCCCAAUCCAACCCCUUAUUGGUGAGUGUCAAGAAAGGAGGCAUGGGGUCCCAUUUUUAGAGUCUUUGGUGUGACUCAUAACCUUCCAGUCUCAGGGCAGACACUCAACCACAAGGCCACUGAACUGGAAUAAAAGUGAAAUAAAAAGUAUAAGAUUUUUCUGUAAACAUUAAUAAAAUGCUUUAUAAAUUAUUAUUAAUGUUUCUAAAAAAGGACUGAGGAAAAGGAUUAUUUACCCUGGAAGUCCCAGUUAAUCCAACCUGGACCCGCUCCACUUUGAGCCAUAGGAGGAAGCAGCACUGUUAGUCUGGUGAAGUUGUGAAUUUAUUGAUUACAUUUUCAUUUUUGUUGGCCUCCCACAACCCUCUAGUUAUACUCUUUUGGGAUUCUACUGCUAAUACAUUGUUGGAUCUUCCCCCCUGCCUUAAAUUACUUCUAAAUAUUUUGGAAACAAGUGCUUUGAAUGCUGUUUGUGGGUGAGAUUUUUGGCUCUGUGGGUGUUUGCUUUUAGCUCCGUGUGAAGGAGGGAGAAAUCAAUGUUGAGGCCUUACUUUUUGGUUGUUUCUGCCACUUGAAAUGAUGAAACACUGUUCAAGGAACUUUUAAAAAGAAUACAGAUUAUAGGUUGACUCAUUUUAUCCAGUGUAUGAUAUACUGAUCACUUUCAUGUGUUCAAGUGACAAGGAAAAAAAUAAUGGCAAUUGAUUUACUACUAUUAAAAAUAUUCUUUUAUCACAAAAUCAUUCUUGUUUUCUCCCAAGUUUGUUCAUAUUUUACAUACAUAUUUAUAGUAACAUACUAAAAAAAUAGUUCAAUAAAUGCUUUGCUUUAAGUAUAAAACAUUGACAUCUCUUUCUGCUCUGUAAUGACCAUUUUUAAAAUUCCCUUUUUUGCAGUAAACUAAAAAUUGUAACCCCAAAUAUGACUUGCACAUUGGUAUUUCACUCAUUUGUAUUCUAAGUUAUAAAAAAUAUAUCCUUUUUUUCCGAUCAUUUUUAUUUUUGCAUCGUGAUAAUAACAGAUUUGCCUUUAGUCAUUUUAUCAUCCUCUGCCUCUGAUGCCAACCACAUGAAAUUGUGUGGCUCUGACCACUUAAGUUAGAACCACAAUAUCUGCACUUUGACUUAAAAACAGGUUGUUUUUAGCAAUUGUGUCAAAUUUAUGGUAAGAGAUUUAAUUUUCUUCAUAAUUUCCUAAAAGAUAGCAGAAAUAUGAGAAGGACUCAAAUAUUUCUUGUAAAAACAAAAAAAAAACUAAAACUAAAAUCUAGAUGUAAACCAGAGUGUUUUUAAUCAUUCUAAAUUUAAAAAGUCCUCUGAAAAAUUGAUAUAGACUUACGUUAGUAUGAAUGAUGCACUUACAGUCGUUGGGGCUUUUAUGAUUUUUUUUUUUUGUAUGUGUGUGUAUUCUGUAUUUGUUCAUCUUGACACUUUCGUUUGUCCAUCAAUCGGUGUGCAGGGACUUUAUGCAAACUGUAUACCCAAACUGAGUGUUGGAGGGUGAAUUAGUGUGCAUUUUCUGAAGAAUUUCCCUUUAACUUUGUAGAGUGCUUGUGUGGAGUCUAUGAAUCCCUCCAUUCACCAAAAAAAGAUAAAAAAACUAUCCAUUUAGGAGUUUUUCUUUAUUUUUCUGUUUGCGAGAACAUGACAAAGUAUUUGUCCAAGUAUAUUCCAAAGUGUCUGUGUUUGUGAAUAGUUGAGAGCUUUAACACCCACCUAAUAUUUGCUGUAUGCAUGCCUGUGUGAACAACUGGCCGACUGUAAUUGUGCGUGAAAAGUGCGUGAAAAUUAUGAAAGAGGCUCUGGCGAGGAAACACGUGACCAAAGCAGCCAUUGUUCAAUGCCACCAUUCAUUUUUGUAUAUUAUUUUUACAAAAUGCUUUAUUUUUCUUUUCUUUUUAUGCCAAGAAGCUGAUGUUUAUUUUUGUAAAUCACUGUAUUGUGCACAUUUCAAAUGUUCUCUUAAAAAUGAUGGAGAUUCUACAGAAAACAUGUUUAUCGUCGAAAUAUUGAAGGUUCUAAUUGUUGUUGUUAAAUGUUGAAAGCAUGUCUGAAAUACAAGUGAACAUUAAGAUCCAGUCAAUAUAACACGUCAUUUAUUUGUACACAACUGAGCAUAUCAAAAGAUUUUUUAUCUUUCUUUUCCAGCAUGCGGAUUGCCUCUGAAAACUAAAUUUAGUAAUUGUAAGAUUUAUUAUUUCGUAUUUGAACUCAUGGUCUGUCCCUUUGCUAUUUGCCAAACAGAAUCAAUCGCCUCAGACCCUCCUUAGAAGUGGAAACUGGAUGUUCAUUUAAAGUUUUUUGUUUAUUAUAAAGCCAAGUAGCAAUAAAAAUUUUACAUUGUACUCACCAUGUUAAUAAUUUCAUUCAAUAAAUACAAUCAUCACCUUUU